AAGAAGAGCAUCUGCAUGAACAAUGAACCGGUUGACUUGGAAGGAGAUAAUGUGGUGAAGCGGACUUGCAGUGGACGUAGAAGGACCGUCGUGUUGGGAUUGUACUAGAGCAGUGAUUUGCUGGAUAUCUGUGGUGUGAAUGACCUCUAACGGUACAGGGAAUUAGUCAUUUCCAGUACUUUGUUGUCUGCAGAGUCAAUCCUCUUAUAGGCAGUGAUAGCGUUACAUUGGCGGGCUUGUGUUUGCUUGGUGAUCAUUAUAACAAGCUGCACUUCUAAAGGCUAAGUGUCUUAAUCUAUACAUUUAUAUCAAUAGCUGAAUUUUGGAUGGCCUACAGGCUGAUAGAUUUUUACCAAAGUGCUGAAUAGUUACUGCAAAGUCAUUGUUUAUUCUAAAUAAGAGGAAUUUUUUGUAACCCACUUAUUAAAUCAUUGCUUCAUAUUCACCUGCUUCAUCUUCAGAGGUGAGUUUUAUAUACAGCAGAUCACCUUUACAUUGAAGACAGCACUGCAUUGACUCUGAGAGACACUAGUAGGCACAAAGCUGCUGGAUGUCAUGAGUUGGCCAUCUGUUGUGGGAACCUACUUGCUAGCAGAUUAACCAGUGAAAGGGUCCAAGGCAUCAGUCAGGACAUUUGUGUGCCAGGACUCUGUUGGCUUCCCGGUGGAGGAGGGAUGCUGAGGGCCACCGUGGGCUCAGUGGAGGAGAGAGAUGAGGAGCAGGAGGAUGAAGGUGAAGAAGAGUUGAGGGAUGGAGGGGUGCCUUUCUAUGUGAACAGAGGAGGACUCCCGGUGGAUGAGGAGACUUGGGAGAGGAUGUGGCGCCAUGUGGCUCGAAUCCACCCCAACGGUGAAGCUUUGUGGAAGGAGAUCCGGGGUGCCACUGACCUGCCCAAGAUUCCAGUACCGAGUGUGCCUACAUACCAACCUACCACCACUAUCCCACAGCGCUUGGAAGCCAUACAGAAAUACAUCAGGGAAUUGCAGUACAAUCACACAGGAACACAGUUUUUUGAAAUCAAGAAGAGUCGUCCUCUUACUGCGCUGAUGGACAUCGCUAAGGAGAUGACGCGGGAGGCUCUGCCAAUCAAAUGUCUGGAGGCGGUGAUCUUGGGGAUUUACCUCACCAACAACAUGCCGGGUGUGGAGCGCUUCCCCCUCAGCUUUAAGUCUCAGUUCUCAGGGAACCACUUCCACCACAUUGUGCUGGGAGUUCACAGUGGGGGACGUUUCGGCGCUCUUGGCAUGAGCCGGAGGGAGGACCUCAUGUUCAAGCCCCUGGAGUUCCGCACACUGAUGGACUUGGUGCAGGAAUAUGACGGAGCCUACAGGGGCUACUGGCACACCCUCCACAAGGUCAAGAUCGGCCAGUAUGUGUCCCAUGACCCUCACAGCGUGGAGCAGAUAGAGUGGAAACACUCAAUACUGGAUGUAGACAAGCUGACCAAGGAGGAGCUGCGGAAGGAGCUGGAGAGACACACUCGAGACAUGAGGCUGAAGAUAGGAAAGCCUGUACCUCCCUCUCCAACCAAAGACAGGAGAAACAGCAUGGGUUCCCCCCUCAGAGGACCAGGCAGCCCCAUACGCAGGAUCAGCCGUGUUGAGAGACGUCCCUCAGGGGAGAAGAAGGUCUUGGAGCAAAAAUCGUCUGCAGACAUGAACGGAUACCAGAUUCGAGUCUGAGGAAGAAGUUUAGUUUGCUUGUGAAAUUUGAAGGUACCACACACUGGUUUCAUGGGGCCACUGACUUACUCUAAGGCUUAAUUCUUUGUACACAUUGGCCUAUUCACAGGAUGUAGUUUCGAAUAGGUCACCAGCAACUUUUCCUCCCAAAAAAAAAACAAAUGCCUCAUUCAGCUUCCUUAUGUCAGUGUUGAUAGAGGCUUUUUCAGGAGUAGUUACUGUGCUCAGUAAUUGGUGCUGGCAACGCUCCCAAAUUAUAAGAAAGGGUCAAAUGUGCAGUCAAUUGUGAACAUUUUUAAACAACUGCAGAGUUUUGAGGACUGUACACAAUGUUAAAUAUGAGGGUUCCCUGAAGCUAGGCAAGACUACCACUCAGUGUAAAUGUGCUACUGGACAUAUCAUAGGUUUUUUGUGGUGUUGCUAUGUUCAACAAAAGCUCUUAAGGCUUGUGUGCAAUCUGUAUCGUCGUACUGUACAUGUAAGUGUGCAAAUACAUUUAAUGUAAUUUUAAAUCCACUUAGGCUCUGCUGGGCAGCAAAUGCUUGUGUAGUGACUUAGUUUGUAAACCACUACCCUCGUGCCUUGUAUGACAACUCAAAGAGAAGAAAAACACUUUUAUAUCCAAUCCAUUAUUGUCAUUGCCUCACUAAACACAAAGCAGUGUCACCUCUGCUCUUCUAAAUUACCUUGAAAUAAACUGACUGAGUUAAUACCCAGAGGCUAGCAUAUUUAGCAUGCUAUCUACCUUACAGAGAUGUUGACUGAAUAUGGGAUUGAAUACAUUAUAUGCCUAAGUGUAUCUAAGUGUAAGAAGGCAUCUGUUGAGUGAAAAUAUGGGUCAGUGUGUUACUGAAUAUAAAAUCUUUCAGUGAAUCAAGACAUUUGUCAAGGUGACUCACGACAACGCAGCUGACUUUAUCUGCAUUUAAUGUAGAUGUAAAUUACUAAGAAGUCAUAUGUACUGUAUAACUGCUUUAUAUAUACAAUUUCUAACUUUUAUUUGUAGCAACUUUAUCCAAUAUUUCACUUGCCUUAAGUGGUAUCCAAGCAACUGACUUCCAUUUAAGUGUAAAGUGUAAAGAAGUUUGUUUACAGCACUUUUAUCUGCAUUUUGUAAUUUUUUUUAAUUGUCAUUUUAUACUUCCCUCAGUGUUGGUGAUCACCAGUAGACCACUUAAUAUUUACCACACACUGUUCUGAAUAUGUUGCCACAGCCAACAUUUUUAUCUGUACAGUAGGUGUUGUCCAUUUUCAUUUCAAUAUUCUAUUACACAAUUGUUUUGUACCAAAUGACUUUUCAUUUA